AGAGGCUGUAACAAAACCCAGACCCCCAGGUCCGGGCCAAUGGAGGCGAUUUAGACUGGAGUGGGACCGCGUCUGUCAAAAGCCCGACUCGGCAGCAGAGGCAGAGUCCAGAAGGAGAGCUGGAGCCGCCGCGCUGCCUCCCCGCCCCCGCCGGGAUUUAUUGAGUAUUUGGACUGGACAAUUAAGUGGCCCUGAUGAUGUUACCAAGCCCGGUCACCUCCACCCCUUUCUCAGUCAAAGACAUUUUGAAUCUGGAGCAGCAGCAGCACUUCCACGGUGCGCACUUGCAGGCGGACUUGGAGCACCACUUCCACUCGGCGCCCUGCAUGCUGGCCGCAGCUGAGGGGACUCAAUUUUCUGACGGUGGGGAGGAGGACGAGGAAGAAGAGGGCGAAAAAUUGUCCUAUUUGAACUCACUAACAGCAACCGACGGCCACGGGGAUGCGGGGCUCUGUCCCCAGAGCUAUGUCCACACAGUCCUACGAGACUCGUGCAGCAGGCCGAAGGAAAAUGAAGAGGAGCCCGAGGUCGUGAGGGACAGGAGCCAAAAAAGCUGCCAGCUGAAGAAGCCUCUAGAGGCGGCCGGAGACUGUAAGGCGGCGGAGGAGAGCGAAAGGCCGAAGCCGCGCAGCCGCCGGAAGCCCCGGGUCCUCUUCUCGCAAGCCCAGGUCUUCGAGCUGGAACGCAGGUUCAAGCAGCAGCGGUACCUAUCGGCGCCCGAGCGCGAGCAUCUCGCCAGCAGCCUAAAGCUCACGUCCACGCAGGUGAAAAUCUGGUUCCAGAAUCGCAGGUACAAGUGCAAGAGACAGCGGCAGGACAAGUCUCUGGAGCUGGGCGCACACGCGGCCCCGCCGCCGCCGCGCCGCGUGGCAGUACCGGUGCUGGUGCGGGACGGCAAACCGUGCGUCACGCCCAGCGCGCAGGCCUAUGGCGCGCCCUACAGCGUGGGCGCCAGCGCCUACUCCUACAACAGCUUUCCCGCCUACGGCUAUGGGAACUCGGCUGCGGCCGCCGCGGCCGCCGCAGCCGCCGCCGCGGCCUACAGCGGCAGCUACGGCUGUGCGUACCCGGCAGGCGGCGGCAGCGGCGGCAGCGGAGCCUCGGCGGCGACCACCACCAUGCAGCCCGCCUGCGGCGCGGCCGGAGGCGGCCCCUUUGUGAACGUGAGCAACCUGGGAGGCUUUGGCGGCGGCGGCGGGGCACAGCCCUUGCACCAGGGUGCUGCAGUCGGGGCCGCGUGCGCGCAGGGCACCUUGCAGGGCAUCCGAGCCUGGUAGGAACGGUGCAGGUCACGCGGCGGGCGCCCACCUCAGCCUGGCGCCGCGGGACUGAAACGCGAGAAAGGCCGGACCCAAGGGCCAGGUCCCCUCGUUAAAAAAAUACACGUCUCGGUCCCCAGGCUUUCGGAUCGCAGCUCACUGGAGACCUGGGGAAGGGGGCUUAGGGCGAGGAGGAUGCCUGGGUCCGGUCUCCAGGACUGUCUCUGAGGCAGAAACGCGGGCUGGGCGCUGGGGAGGCGAUGGCUCCCAACCCUGGCGGCGAGGGCAGUGCAGGAGGCUGGGACUCUGGCUGCUGCUUGGUUCUUCCAAAGCGAGAAAGGCUUCUCUCCCUCGGCCUUCCCUCGGCCUCCGCGAAGCCUUGGCGGGGAACCCAAGGACAAGAGUUUAAAAAGCAUGAAGGAGAGAAAAUUGAGGGUCGUGGCUUGAGAAAUGCCAGGCCCUGCCGAUCCUCUGCCCACUUUGCGCGCCCCAGGCGCCACGCCACAGUCGAUUUUCGCUCCUCAACCGCCUCCCUUCCGCGGCGGAUACCUCGGGCGGGACCUCCAGAUUGCCGGGGGACACAGAACUCUGCGAGGAAAACCAGCCCAGCGAAAUCAUAAUGGGGGGGGGACCUGAACAAAUCUGGGACCUGGUGGGCCACCGGAGGUGUUACCGGGUUUCCUUUCUGAUUCGUAUUCUGUAUCCAGCACAUAUUAUCUAUAUAUAUAGCUAUAUCCACACACCGCGUACACACCCGCUGCCAUACACUACAGGAGUCAAUAAACAAGGUGCAAUAUUU